AUGGAUCAGGAUAAUAGCUCCGUUGAUUCAAUCUUCACCAAUGCCACAGAGAGCCCCAAACCUUCAGAGGCACACUGGGACGAGGCCAUUCUCCUAGGUCUGCAGAUCUUCCUGUCGGCCAUCCUGGCCAUCAUCACCCUGGCCACCGUACUGUCCAACGCCUUUGUUAUAGCCACCAUCUUCCUGACCCGGAAGCUACAUACGCCAGCCAAUUUUCUGAUCGGCUCGCUGGCCGUGACAGACCUGCUGGUGUCCAUCCUGGUCAUGCCUAUCAGCAUCGUGUACACAGUGAGUAAGACUUGGUCCCUGGGGCAGAUCGUCUGCGACAUCUGGCUGUCAUCAGACAUCACCUUUUGCACCGCCUCCAUCCUGCACCUGUGUGUCAUCGCGCUGGACCGCUACUGGGCCAUCACUGAUGCCCUGGAGUACUCCAAGCGCCGGACGAUGCGUCGAGCGGGCCUGAUGAUAGCGGUGGUGUGGGUGAUCUCCAUCUCUAUCUCCAUACCGCCGCUGUUCUGGAGGCAGGCCAAGGCCAACGAGGAAGUGAUGGAGUGCCUGGUAAACACGGACCAGAUCUCCUACACGCUCUACUCCACCUUUGGGGCCUUCUACGUGCCCACCGUGCUGCUGAUCAUCCUCUAUGGCCGGAUCUACGUGGCCGCCCGCUCGCGCAUCUUCAAGACUCCGGUGUCGUCCGGCAAGCGUUUCACCACAGCCCAUCUCAUCCAGACUUCAGCCGGCUCCUCCCUCUGCUCCAUCAACUCUUCCGCCUCCAACCAGGAGAGCCACCUGCAACCCGGAGGGGGAACCAGCGGAGGUGGAGGAGGAGGCAGAGGUGGGUCGCCUCUCUUCAAUAGCGUGAAGGUGAAGCUGGCAGACAGCGUGCUGGAGAGGAAGCGUCUGUGCGCCGCUCGGGAGAAGAAGGCCACCAAGACGCUGGGCAUCAUCCUGGGAGCCUUCAUCGUGUGCUGGCUGCCUUUCUUUGUGGGUACCCUGGUACUGGCCAUUUGCAAAGAAUGCUGGUUCCACCCAGUGCUCUUCGACGUGUUCACCUGGCUUGGCUACCUGAACUCGCUCAUCAAUCCCGUCAUCUACACCGCCUUCAAUGACGAGUUCAAACUGGCCUUCCACAAACUCAUCAAGUUCAAGAGAUGCUAUUGA